UUGAAGAUACAGUAUUUCGUUCCUCAGCAGGGUUAUUUUGGUCACUUGCACGUUACUUGCUCAAUUCUGCGAUUCGUGAAUGAGUGAACUAGGUCUAGCGCCACGAUGUCGAAGCGUGUCGCUGAUAAAUACUUAACAGACCAAAAUUGGGACAAGGAAGAUGAGGUUGAUGAUGACGAUAACUCUGGAACAUUCAAGACAGCGGAUAAUGAUGUUUUGCAAACCCGUGUUAUUCGAAAAGCAAAGCGUAGGAUUGUUGGUAGCAGUCAACAAUCGACAGCCUCGGCAUUUUCUGGUUUUGGUGGAUUAAAAGCCCCAACAAAUAGUACCAAACCUUCGUUCGGUGGUUUCAAUCUACCGACUUCUGGUAAUGGAAGCAAUGUUUCUCAAAUGAAACCGUUUUCAAUGUUUCAAUCUACUGGAUCCAGUGGAUCAGCUGCAACUCAGCCAACUAUUCAAUCUUCAUCAGGGGAUAAAUCAUCUACUAGGACGUUAGAAUCCAAAACCGCAGAUAGUACAAUUUCAAAAACUAUUGAAAUAAAGUCGAGUGAUGAUGAUACAACACAAAACUCAAGAGAAUACAACAGGCAGCUCAGUGCUUUGAAUCGAAGUGUUAGUGAAUGGAUAAAGAAUCAUGUGGAAAAGAAUCCAUUGUGCGAUCUCACUCCUAUUUUCCUAGAUUAUAAAAAAUAUUUAUCUGAAAUAGAUGACAAGUAUGGACAUUCAGACAAUGAAGGUUCAUCGCAAAAUUCAUUCCAAGUAUCAGAUUCACAAGAGACAGUUUCUCCAAAGUCUUCUCAAAAUUCUUCUCUAACUUCAAGCGUUUCUGACAAACCAAAGUUUUCUCUGACUGGGUUUGGUAGCAAAACAGAAGAGCCAAAACCAAUUGAAAUUAACUCUAAAACUGAUGCUCCAGUCAGUAAACCAUUAUUCUCGGGAUUUCAAACUUCCACAACAACUUCUUCACCUUUCAAAGGAUUUAAUGUUUCAAAAACAACUGCAUUUCCGGGAUUUUCAUUUAGUUCAUCCAUGGUCGGUUCAGGAGGCUCAACCCAGCAAGCGUCCGGGCAGGGUAAAGACGAAGAGGAAUAUGUUCCACCAAAACCCGAAAGUAAUGUUGUUGCGGAUCCAGAAGCUUUCUACUCUAUCAGGUGCAAACUUUACUAUAAAAAGGAAGGUGCUUAUGCUGACAAGGGUGUUGGACAACUUUAUCUAAAGCCAUCUGGAGACAAAACACAAUUAGUCAUCAGAGCUGAUACUGCAAUAAGUCAGAUCUUGCUUAACAUUCACCUUAUUCCUGCGAUUCCAGUUAAAAAGCAAGGAAAAAAUAAUGUAUUGAUAAUGUGUAUUCCUAAUCCUCCAAUUAAUGAAAAAGAAAAGGACAAGGUUGUGGCUUUUCUGAUUCGAGUAAAAACAAGUGAAGAUGCUGAUAAGCUUAUUGAGAUUAUGGAAGAAAAGAAGCGAGAAGCCACGGAUAAAGCUGAUGCGGAUAGGUGAUGUACCAAAGGUCUACACAAAAGCACUGCCAAAGGAUAUUGUAGUAUAUUACCCUGUUUUUCAUACAAAUUCAUUACACGUACCUACCUUUGCCGGUGUAGAAGUUGUUUGACUUUUCAUUUUGCUACCUAUCACAUCAUUGGAAUGUAAGAAGAGAUUUCACAUAGAAUCUGAAAUUGCAAUGGAGCGAACUGCUUUAAUAUGGCUCUUGGUGACGAAUGGGAAUGUUCAUUCUUGAAAAGGUUUUGGCAUGAUUUUUGCAUUUUAGAGGAAUAUUUAAAAUAAAUCACCUGUUUCUGCGUA